UUUCAUCGUCCUUGCAAAGCUAAAGCUAAUACGAUACCCCGCAAGUGUUGGUGGAUUUCAUUCGCAACUUGAUACUUCGAUAAUGGGGAGUCCAGCUUGUCGUGCUAUCCUGGUAUCUCAUAGACACUCUUGUACUUUCUGCAGCGGCACCCGUGUAUUUAUGUUUCGCUAUACAAAUAUGCUUAUUGAUGUAUGAUGAAGAUCUUCUGCUCUUACUCUUUUCAGUUUGUAAAGCCUAAUUUGGAUUCUUGUUUUACAUUGUAAUGGCAACGAGUCAAGUAGACGGAAGAAGUUUCUGACUUCAACACACAGGAAAUUGAAAAUGCGUUUUCGUCCACAAUUUGCGUUGUCGUUUUUGAUUUGUCUUGCCUGGGAUGCUAAAAUUACGGCAGCAAGAGCGGCAGCUGCGGGUUCUGAACAAGUGGCAGGGACAGGCGAAGUCCUUCCGCCGUCAUCUACUGCUGCGGCAAAUGCAGGUGCUGCAGGCAGCCGUUUUUUUGCCACCGCUCGAGAUGCGCUGAGCAAAAUGUGUGCGAAACGGCUGUGCCUCCAGAACCUCCAGAAAAAUGGAGUUCCUAGUACUGCACAUCUCCCUGCGGGACGCGACGGGAAGGAAUGGCGAAGUGAACUCCGACAAAGAAACUUGGGUCUGGAGCGAAGCAGGACAGAGGUCAGCACGGAACAACGAGAGAGCCAGCUGGUUGUCGUUGAGGAUCUUGGCAAGGCCGCCAGGUCCAGUCGUUCGGGGAGAAUCCGCGGGGCUGGUGGCGUUGUUCCGAUGAUGCCAGGUCCACUGACCUCCGAAAUUUUUUGGCGAACAGCGAAAAGGGAUUCUGAAUCUGAUUCUGUCUUGGGCGGCUUUGCAAGAACUGAUGAAGCGGUGGGCAAAAGCGUGGCCACAGACGUAGUACGGAGCUUGGCGUUCGGAGCCCAAAAUGGGACACGCAACAGCAAAAACGAUCCCCUAACCACAACUGCAAAACAAGAUGAGGGAGGACGAGACGGGCAUCGGGAACGGGAUCGACGCAGACCUCCUGCCGCUGAUGCCAGGAACGGAUCUCUGAGUAUGGAGGAUGGCCUACUGUUUUUGGGCCACGAGAAAGAUGAUCUGUUGAAUCGAGGGAGCGGGAUUCUCAGCUUCUUGUCUCCGAAGCAGACCACUGCAGUGUUGGGGUUGAGCAAGGAGUUCGCCCCAAGCGGAAAUCUGGGAUCCCGGGUCACGACAGCGGCCAAGGCACAGCACAAGAACGACGUCGCGUUGGCGAGUCGCACAGAAAGUUGUGCCGAUCUGUUCCUCCAAGCUCUGCGUGAAAAGGUCGCGGACAGGAAGCCGCGCGAUUUCUGGAAUACCGGUAUUGAUGGGGCGGGGCUCGACUAUCUGCAAGGCUUUGUGGCUUCAGACACGAAGCCGGAGGAGGGACAGCCAUUGAUUGGCUCAGAUAUUGACUGGAGCGUAUAAUCUUAAUGCUGCUUCUGUUUGUUGAUGCAAAGUACUUACAGGUUCUUCAUCGUAGCAGUAAGUAAAAGUGUUACUGUGGAAACCGACUCAACACAUUGUUGCAGCUACGAGGACAAAGAAACAACGCAAAUUGGGCACAGCUUCGCCGCAUGUAUGAGCUGUCCCGAAUAUGUCUAACCUGCAGGUGAAACUUUUGAUGGUCAUGGCGGGACAAACUUGUAAUCCGCUAGCAGCGUAUCGACGGGUGGAAGACGCUGAAGCGAGAGCCGGUCUUUACCACCGAAGAAACCUGGAGACGGGCUGUCAUGUGACUGACAUUGACUUCUUUCGGGAAGUUCUGAGCUUCUUUUAUCCUGAGUAAUAACGUCCCCACACCAGAAACAGAAUCAAGAUGGGAAAUCUGCUAGACAAAUUAGCCAGCUUCGGCUGUUUCGCAUAACAAGUUUGAUGUCCUCGUAGUGUAAUCCUGUUUAGCUAGUUCAGUGGCGUCAAAGAUCUAGCGAAUCAUGCUGGUUAUAGCAAUACAAAUUCCAAGAUACGACGAGAAAAUGCUUCUCAUGUGGCUCCGCGUGAGAGACUUUUUUGGCAUGUGUUUUUUGCAUGACAACUCUGAAGUGAGGACGUUUUUACACCCGAUAUCUUUCACGAGGAUGUUGCGGACUCCGUUGCCUUGAAAAACCCGGGCGGUGUCGAGGGGGAGAAUCCAACAAGGAAGGUGGUGGUUUGGUCUCCGGCAUUAACGAACUCGUUCGGCGCGCGAGAGAACAUGGCACUGAACCCGAACCAAACCGAAUUAGACGGCCGGUGUCGGUUGGCAAUGGCGACAGAACUACUAUUCCAAAGGCAGAUGGAAGUUUACGAAGUGAUGGACUUCAUUGUGAAGCAUGGUAUAGCAUUUUGCUUUCAUUUUCACACGACGAGGUACAAUUCUUGUCUACCUGAUAGUUUAUUUGGUUUCAGUUUGAAGAAGUCACUGUGAGUGGUCUUUGUGAUGCUUCUCCUUAAGUAUGUCUGUGAGGUUGUGCACAGAAAUCGUAGUACGCCAAAUAUUAUAUAUGCGUACACUUACUUUUUCCUUAAUCCAUAUCCUUUGCGGGAUGCAUCGGACAAAACGCCUCAACUCCUCUAUACUCAGGUUACUGCCUGAACCCAGACUCCAAUUCAGAAAUCGAGCGGCAAUACCGGCGAUCAGAUCCUCUCAACGACAACUGGCAUAUUUUCUUCCGCAAGUUGUUUCGGCAAUUUGCCCAGAAGUGGCGCCGCGGAUCAGAUGGCAGGGACCCGCGCUGGUCCUAUGACCAGUUUCUGUGGGACUGGCGAACAACACACGCGAAACGGUUUUCAACUAGGUCAGCCCGGCGCGAAUUGUGUCCUAGCAGGCCGAGCGAAUGCCCGUUGCCCAAGGUGCUCGCAAAGCACCACGAAAAGUACGGCGUCACGCUUCCGACAGAAAUAGAGUAUGACGGGAGGUGGACAAGAAGCGUGUAG